AUGGUAACUAUGCCCAAAUGGGUCUUCACAACGGUCUCUAAAGCAAUUUGGAACUUCUUGUGGGGUGGGAAAACUGAAUUGGUUUAAUGUGAUAUCUUUCAUCACACUUGGAAACAAGGGGGUCUGUCUGUCAUCAACAAAUCAUGGGCCCUCAAACUCCAUUGGGCUCCCCUUGUUGGGGAUGCCACUUGCAAAAAAAAAAAAAGUAGGUCUGUUUCACCUCAUAUUGGAUCGGCUCUUCUCUGAGCUGUAGAAUUAGGUGACUGCCUUAUUUGAUGAUUAUUGGCUUAAAAUAUGUCAGACGAUUCGUGUGAUUGAUGAAUCAAAUAGUAAUAUUCAUUUUUUUUUGCAAAAUAUCAUAUGAUAUAACAGAAAAUGGCUGCAUUUUUUAAUUACAUUACCAUUUCUUGUGUUCGUGGACUGUUCAUUUGCUUAAUUUGGGCACCCAAAAUGUACUAGAUUGUGUCUAAGAGCACUUAAAUUUAUAAAAUUUAGUUUAAACGUUUGAGAGAAGUUGUUUUUCAUAAGUACAGAUAGCUUUUUUUGCCAAGCUAGAGCCUUGGAAUCUUGUAAAAUCAAAUUCUAGGAGGAUACAGCCAAUAAAAACCUUAACACUGUUACUUUUGUAUCAUCAGAUUGUGUUUAUGAUCUAACCCCUGAUACAGAGAUUCUGAAAACCAUCAUCUGCCAAUGCUUUGACUUUGCACAAAUAACUCUUUAAAUUAACCCUCUAGUACUACCCACAUUGUCUCAAGAAGGAGGAUUUAUAAAUCACUUCUUGGGAAAAGGUGCAACUCAGCAAUCCAAACACAAGCAGGGACAAUUUAUCUCUUCAGUAUUUUUCUGCUUAAUAUUCAGGCUCAUAUCAUGUGAUUUUAAAUAACCAUGGUUUCAGUACAAGAAGAAAGACAAUGAAACAUCACAGACCCAAAGCUUUUUAUAACCAGUCCCAGCCCAAGCACUUGCAUAUAAAUGUACACGAGUCAUCCAGGAACUUAAGAUCUACUGAUGGUGCUCGAGUACAAAUCCAACCAAGAGCAACUACUUUUUGAGACCAUGCUGCUACUCUUUUAAACAAGCUCUCAACUGAUUUCAGAAACAAUGUGGAACUUGACAUUUUUACCAGAGGUUAAGCACUCUCUGCUUGGCAAAGCUUAAGCCACUAGAAUAGGUCAACCUCCUAAAUUUGUAAACCAGUUUCUUCCAUUUUUAUCCAUGAUGUAAUGUGGUAUUUAACAAUGAUACUUUUUAAAUUUUCAUUUAUCCCUCAUUUAACCAUUUCAAUUGAUAGAUAUACGGCUACCCUCUAGAGGUGUUAUCAAUAAAACACUAUUAUCAUUUCUAUACCCAUAGAGAAAGUGCCAACUCGUCAUUGACGCAUGCAUAUGAAGAAUACCACAAAUAAGUUGGCUGAGUCCAUCACCAAGAACCUCUUGUGGUUUCAGUACCAUUUGCAACUAAAUUUUCCCUUUUGCAGUAAGCAGCUACAGCUUCACUACUACUUUAAGCCACUAAGGUAAUGAAUGAAAAGGUUUUUGGCACCUUUUAUCUUGUCUACUAUAAGAUUGUUUACCAAAAAAUAAAUUUAAGAGACUUCAAUACAACUGUGAAUUUUCCUUUACAAAAAAUUUCAAAGGUGCAAAUGUAAUUAGCUUCAAUAGUCUGUCACUACCUCAAUCAAACACCACCACUUUUCCCUUUGCAAUCAAAAGCCCACAGUGGAGCAGCAGACAAUGAUUAUUACGAUCAAAUCAAUCCAGGCAAUAUUUCACAUUGAAAGAGCUACUUAACAAUUAGAAUUUAUCAAAGGUUUGCCCUGACCUCAAACAACACACUUAGCCUUGCAACCUUGCAGUUAAAGUAAAGCUUGCUCUUUGAGCCAGUACCUUUGCCAUCCCAAAUGUCAUAGGAUUACUAGUCACUACCAGACAAACUACCCACCAGAAAGAAGUCACAGACAACACUUCCUACUUUAAGAAGCCAGAUUAAAGACAAGAAACACUGUCAUUAAAAUCAACCAGCAUCCCCAGAUAAACAUGAACCACUUGAUUUUGAAGGUCCAGAAACUCUGCAGCCAAACCCAACCACCACUACUACUAUGAAAGAACCAGUGAAUACCAAGCCAAGUGUAAACACCACACAAGAAGAAAAGACAUCCAUGGCUUCAGCAGUUUCUAGUAGGGGAAGAGAAAUUAAGAAACCAGCAUGCCACACAUGGAGUUUGAACCAU